UAAACCUUUCGGAAUUAUUUGUUACAAGAAACUAGAUAUACCAGUGGAAAUAAAAUUAGUGAAAAAAUAUGUAAAAAACUUCUCUGGUAUACUUUUUCAAGCAAUUUCAUUUUUUUUGAAUGAUAUAAAUGUUAUAGCAGUUUAUAUUCCACCAAAACUGACUGUUAUAGAAGCAAAAAUUUGUUUAGACGAAAUUCUUAUUGGGCAACAAGGGGACAUUUUAAUCAUUGGAGAUUUUAAUAAGGAUAUUAUUAAUAACUGUGAUAAUGGUCUAAAACAUUGCUUAAUAUCAAAAGGCUUAACUUCAAAACUUGACAUUGGUGAGUCUACUACUAAAUCAAAAACCCAAAUUGAUUGGCUAUUCAGUAAUUUUAAUAAUUUAAGUCACAAUAUUUAUAACACGGUAUAUAGUCACCAUAAAUCAAUAGUGGUUAGUCUUUAUGACAAUGGUUUUAUUCCAAAGCGUCAGUUAGAUAAAGCGAACAACGAUGAUCUAACAAAAUCUCUUAUGAAAAGUCGAUUUAGAACUAGUCACACUUUAACUCAAAAUGUUUUAUCUGAUUCCAUCUAUCAAAAUGAAAGUGUAAAUAAUGACAUCGUAAUAGAUCUUAGUUCGGAUCAGGAUACUAUUCCUUAUGUAAUAAAUAAACCACCCGCAUUAGUAAACGAUGAUAAGGUGUCCUGUUAUGCAAAUAGUGUCAUUCAAUCCUUUUUAUGUUUGCCCGAAUUUCACGCUUCUAUUUCAAAGAAGAAUACAGCAUUAAAUAACAUUUUAAAUGAUAUUUUGCUGAAAAAAAUUAAUUGCACUGCAACAGUUCGUCGAUUAGUAACUGGACCACAUAGUGACGAUUUUGCGGAAAAUCAACAAAAGGAUGCCCAAUCAUUUUGCCAGGCUUUGAUUCAAAAAUUAGAUGUUGAUGAUUUUGGGAUUUUUAUAAAAGCCACCACCUAUGAACUCUUAAAUUGCCAAAGUUGUGAUGUUUAUACAAAUGGGGGCGAACAACUGAUAUACACAUAUUUUCUUUAUUUUCCUGAAAACUGUGAUGACGUAAUUGAUUUUAAUUCGAUGUUAAUGUUAAAAGACUCUGAUAGGCUUUGCCCUAAUUGUAAUAAUUGUAAUCUAAGAACACGCUCAGUAGUUGUUUGCAUCAAAUAUUUAGUGGUGUGUCUUCAGAGAAUUAGUCCUCAAGGUAGUAAGAUAAACACCAAAUUUUUCAAUUUUGCCCCUGAAAGUAUACAUUUGGAUAAUCAAAUAUUUAAAGUAAGGAGUGUUAUUAGACAUCAUGGAAAUACCAUAGAAUCAGGCCAUUAUACUUCUUUAGUAAAUUAUGAUGAUCAAUGGUGGAAAUGCGAUGACAAUCGGAUAACAAGAAUAUCUAGCUUCGAUAAUACUUUAGAAGAUGUAUAUUUAUUAGUCUUGGAAAAAUGUUAAAUUUUGAAACUAGAUAUCAUCCUACAUGAAAACCGAUACUACUAGCCUAUACAGGCGACCACACAAGAUGAGGAAAAUUUUUUCAAAUCCACGCCACGCCAAUAUGCACAAAAUCAAUACAGAGAUUUUGACAGCAUAUUUUAGAAGGAUGGACGAAUUUGAGGAUAUUAAUGUGUUUUUCAGAUCCACGCCACGCCAAUAUGCACAAAAUCGAUACAGAGAUUUUGACAGCAUAUUUUAGAAGGAUGGACGAAUUUGAGGAUAUUAAUGUGUUUUUCAGAUCCACGCCACGCCAAUAUGCACAAAAUCGAUACAGAGAUUUUGACAGCAUAUUUUAGAAGGAUGGACGAAUUUGAGGAUAAAUGUCUUUUUUUAAAUCCACGCCAAUAUGCACAAAAUCAAUACAGAGAUUUUGAUGUUUAUUUUAAAAGGCUGGACGAAUUUAAGGAUUAAUGUCUUUUUCAAAGCCACGCCACGCCAAUAUGCACAAAAUCGAUACAGAGAUUUUGACAGCAUAUUUAAGAAGGAUGGACGAAUUUAAGGAUAAAGAAUAUUUUUAAAAUCUCGUUUAAUUAAUGAGAACCUCCAGUAAACAUCUGGUAUUUUCUUCAUUAUAUGGGCCAUUAUAUUUAUAUGGUCAUAUUCUAAUAUAUUUUAGACUACAUAAAACAUAUAUUCUAUUUUUUCAUAAAAAUAAAAUAAACAAAUAUCAAGAAUGCUAGUUCUUAGUAGGAUUCACAUAAAUUUCUAUUUAUGGUUUGAUUUUUUCUCUGCCAUAAUAUAGCAGUAUAUUAUUUUACUGGCAAUAUAAUUACUUUUUUUUUUAAUAUUAAAAAUAAGUUUUUCUUUUUUUUUUAAAUAACAUCCCGAAAUCGUAUUUCUAAUUUAAAAAGAAAACUAACGACUCGGGAUGUUAAGCUUUUUGGUUAGGAUAAUGUCUUCCUUCACCUUACGUACCAGUAAGAACCAAAUGCUAUGCAUUUGGUCGAUACUGGAACUUCAUCGACAUGAGAAUCUUCGGAUAGUAUUUUAAAUCGAUUUUAAAUUUCUGUUUUAAUCUUCACCAACACAUUUGACUCUAGGUUGAAAAAAUCAUUAAAAUUUUCAUCAUCAUUCAAUUUCAAUCUAUAAUGAGCUAACGUGAAGUGGUAAAUCAUUUUCUAAUUCAAAUGUAAAAGUCGCUUUAUGGAGGCAAUUUUGAACAGCUUCUUCUUUACGUAAUCUUAAUGGGCUUUGACAAAGUAAAUUGCAGUGGAGUCAUUUUUCUAAUAUUCUCAAAAGGUGUCCCAGCAGUUUUAAUGUUUAAAAUUUCUCAGAAAGAAAUAUGUGAAAAAAAAUUUGACGCCGCACGAAGAAAUCCACCUAAACGUCAAAAAAUCCAAUUUUUCAUUUUCAAUUCAUUCUUAUAGAUUUUGAGCUGAUUUUUAACGACAUUUUGCAUUCCGAAAUUUUGUAAUACUUUAAAUAACGAAGUUGCUGAAUUUCAAAGUUUGGUAUUUCCCACUGUUCUUCAACAUGCGCACGGAGCAAUCUUUUUUCCCCGUUCCACUUACGUCUCCUGUACAACCGAUUCCUUCCCGUAUGCUCGUUCGAGAAAUGAGGCGACCAUUUCACGGCUGUCCUGUGAAACUUUUCUAUGUAUGCUUAGGUGGAUUUCUUCGUGCCGCGUCACAAUUAUUAUGCCUACUUCUACAUUUUAGACCUAAAAAUAUUUCAAAAGGUAACAUUUAUUUGUUACUUUCUAAAAUAUCAAACAUUUUUCGGAUAUGUAUCACCCACUAAGGACGAAACUAUAUGUUGGCAGUAUAUCCAUAUGGCAGCAGUAUAGCCUGGCUUCAGUAUCCACAUUAAGAAUUCAAAUUAUGCCUUGGCUAGGAAAGAUGACUUGCCAGGAUUUACAUCUCCCAAUUAUCCAGUUUAUUGAACUUAUACUGUAAUGCAUAUAAUACAAGGAAUAUAAACAGAAAGCAAGUAAUUGUAUUUUAACUGUAUUUCCUUGAAACUGUAUGACCUAUGAAGAUUGGUAAUUGGAGGUGUCAACCUAAACUCUGAUGAAAUGGCUGGUGGGAACAAUACUUUGACGCAUGGUGGAUACAAAUUUUUUGCUCGUGACAGGUGGCCGGGACUUGGUUGGGUUUUUUGUAAAAUUAUGAAUGAAAAUGAACCGGAAACGAUCAGGGAAAGGAAGCACCGAAUCAGAAAAUGAAUGGGCUUUCCGAAUCUGUGCAUAUCAAUAGGGGAAAUUGUGUAUUGCGGCCAGGAAAAUUCGACAAACAUUUUGACGUCUUCGAAAAAUGCCGUUUUUUUGAAAUGUCAGUGUCUUUAUACCGGGGUGAGACGAAAUGAAAUUUGCCCGAUUAUUUUAUUAAAAUUAUUCGAAUAUAUACACGGGUCAGUCGUAAUGAUCUAUUUAAUUUAAAAUAAAAAUUUCGAUAUUAGGUGAGUUUUUACUAUUUAGUUUAUUAUUAAUAUAUGCUAAUAAUUCUUAAACAUUGCUUUUGGGAUAUAAAUAAAAUUUUUUUGAAAUUAUUGAUUUUUAAGGUUAGUCGAGUAUCAUAACUUUUUUGGUAUUGGUGCGAUUUGGUUGAAAUUUGGUACCUAGUACCUAUUUCGGAUAAGAUUAAUAAAUUUUUACAGAUAUUUGACAUGACUAUGUUUUAAGGUCACGUGACUACCUUAACUUUCUUCCUAUUUGUCCGAUUUGAUUGAAAUUUGGUAUUUGGGGUUUAUUUAGGAUGCAAUUAUUAAUUUUUCACAGAUAUUUGACAUUUGACUUCCAGGUCACGUGACUAUUGUAACUUUUUUGCUAUGAGUCCGAUUGGGUUCAAAUUUGGUAUUUAUGCUUUAUUUAGGAUACAAUUAAUAAAUUUUAACAGAUAAUUGACAUAUUGAAUGUUUAAGUCACGUGACUUCCAUAACUUAUUUGCUAUUGUUCCGAUUGGGUUGAAAUUUAGUAUUUGGGCUUUAUUUAGGAUGCAAGUAAUAAAUUUUGACAGAAAUUUGACAUGUUGAAUUUUUUAAGUCACGUGACUUCCAUAACUUUUUUGCUAUUGAUCCGAUUGGGUUGAAAUUUAGUAUUUGGGCUUUAUUUAGGAUGCAAGUAAUAAAUUUUGACAGAAAUUUGACAUGUUGAAUUUUUUAAGUCACGUGACUUCCAUAACUUUUUUGCUAUUGAUCCGAUUGGGUUCAAAUUUGGAAUUUGGGGUUUAUUUAGGAUGCAAUUGUUGAUUUUUUACAAAAUUUUAAAAUAUUAAGUUCUAGGGUCACGUGACUAUCAAAAUUUCCUAUUUGAUUAAAAUCUGCUAUUAGAUGAUAUGUAUAUAUUUAUAGAUAAUAUUUCGUAUUACCCUAUUCCUUUUAUCUUAAUUAGUUAAAUUAUUUCUUAAAUUUGCCUUUCAAAAAAAAAUAAAAAAAUCAUCGGUUCGAAUACAUAGGCUUUAAAGGGAACUUAUCUUCUUUCAUAAUAUUGUAGCAUUAUUAUAGAUUUUGAAAAUUUUUGUCAUUAAGCUUUUUCAUUACUUUUUGAAUGGUCUUUAGCCAGAAAAAAGAAAUUUUGAAUUUGGAGCAUGUUUUGAAAAAAUUUUCAUUUUGGGCCGGAUUUUGUUCGAAAAUCGAAAAAUGCAAAGAAAUAGGUUUUCUGUUCAUUUUAGAGUCAAAUCGAUAAUAAUCUUUUUGAAAGGUAUCCUAAAGUAGUACAAGAUAGAAAAAUAAAAAAAUGAAAUCUUUCCAUAGGGCUCUUGAUAAUUCGAUAUUUAUGAUUUAUAGUUUUUUACAAUUUUCUCCGAAUCUGUGAUAGCUGUAAUCAAUUAGUUUUAACAUUCGAAUACCUCGUAAUAUUCCCUAGAACUUUUGUUUAAGACAAAAAGUUGUCAGAGUUAUAGUUUAGUUAGAAAAAAAUAAAAACCAUUUAAUCACAAUUUUUCAUGGCUAUACCCCUUUCGAUUUUGGAGCAAAAAAAAAAUUUUUUUUCUUGGGUUUUUUUUAAUGGAUAUUGCCAACUUAGGGCUUACAUUAUAAUUUGUCAGUUAUCAUUUUAAGAAAAAAAAUGCUACCGUGGAAAAAAACGAGUUUUCUUUUAUUUUUUUUUCACAGUUUUACUAAUAUCUCGACUUCUAGAGCUUCGAUUCAAUUUGUUGAUGGUUUUUAUUAUUCCUUAUUCUCCUCCUGUUAAUUCUUUUUAUAUUUUAUUACAACUGCCUUUCGAAAUAAAACUGAAAAAUUAAAAAAAUCGACGUAAAAGCCCGGUUGUCUUAUCCCUGUACAUAGGCUCUUAUGGAACCUAAUUUUUCCCUUUAUAUUAUGGCACUCGUAUAAAUCGUGGAAAAUUUUGUCAUAAAGCUUUUUUAUUAGUUUUUAAAUGGUCUUUAACCAGAAAAAAGAAAUUUUGAAUUCGGAGCAUAUUUUGGAAAAAUGGUCAUUUUGACCCCGGAUUUUGUUCGAAAAUCGAAAAAUGCAAAGAAAUAGGUUUUCCGUUCAUUUUAGAGUCAAAUUGGUAAUAAUCUUUUUUAAAGAUACUCUGAAGUAGUACAGGAUAGAAAAAUAAAAAACUGAAAUUUUUCCAUAGGGCUCUUGAUAAUUCGAUAUUUAUGUUUAAUAGUUUUUUUCAAUUUUCUCCGACUGUAUAAUAGCUAGAACCGAUUCGUUUUAACGCACGGAUACCUCGUAAUAUUCCCGAAAACUUUUGUUUAAGACAAAAAGUUGUCAGAGUUAUAUUUUAUUUAAAAAAAAAUAAAAACCAUUUUUUCGCAAUUUUUCAUGGUUAUACCCCUUUCGAUUUUCGACCAAAAAAAAAUUUUUUUUUUCUUGGGUUUUUUUUACGUGAAAUUGCCAACUUAGGGCUUACAUUAUAAUUUGUCAAUAAUUAUUUUAAGAAAAAAAAAUGAUACCGUGGGAAAAAACCAGUUUUCUUUUGUUUUUUCCCACAUUUUUACUAAUCUCUCGGCUUCUAUAGCUUCGAUUCAAUUCAUUGAUGGUUUCUUUUAUUUCUUAUUCUCCUCCUCUCAAUUCUUUUGAUAUUUUAUUACUAUUACAUUUCAAAAUAAAAAGAAAAAUUAAAACAAAUCGACGUAAAAUCCCUGUUUGUUCUAUUUCAAGAAAUAGACCCUUAUGGGAACUUCUCUCUGAAUUUGGUAUUUAUGGUUUAUUUAGGAUACAACUAAUAAAUUAUGACAGAUAACUGACAUUUAAGUUUCAGCCUAGGUCACGUGACUACCGUAACUUUUUUGCUAUUGGUCCGAUUCUGUUCGAAUUUGGUAUUCAGGCUUUAUUUAGAAUACAAUUAAUAUACUUUCACAGAUAUUUGAAAUAUAAGACAGUAUAUUGACACACAACGCGACUAUAUAACAAAUUAUGGUUCUUUGAAGCAUGAUACCCCAACAACUGGUCCUCUCUUUCCUUGGCAGAUAAACGUUAGCUUCACCUAAGUACACCUGAUAAUUUGCGAUUUUUUUUAAGAAAUCCUCUAAGGCCCAUCACUGACAAGACCUAAAGGUUCCAAACUGGUCCCCACGGACCAAAAGUAUAGGAGCGAAGCGACUAUACUUGUUAUAUAGGAGCGUCUGCGACUAUAUUAUGCACGCGAGCCCGGGCCCGAAAAAUCGUGUUUUUUUGGAAAUAAAAAUUCAUAUCUUUGGCUGUAUGGUUAGCGAAACGAUGAAAUUUGGCAUAGGGCCUCUCAAUACAUUGAGAAUGAUGGAUCCGUAAACGAUUUUUUUUUCCGGUACCACCAAACGGAGCGGUACUGUCUCAAAGUCAAAAAUUCGUAAAAAAAUGGGUCAAAUUCCUUUCAGACGCGAGAACUCAAAUAAAAAGCCUUUAAAAGACUUAAAAUUUUUAGGACAUAAGGGUCGGUGGGGCCUUAAGAACUGUAUACUUUUUGGGCCAGAUCGGUAUACAGGGUGAGUUGUUAUAAGCGAACAAAAGUGACUAAAAAAAAAAUUGAAACUUCUCCAGAGGCUAAAAAAAAAUUUUUAUAAAAAAAGUGUUUCGGCGAAAAGACUUCGUUUUAUAAGAGAUUUAACAUACUUGGAGCUUUUUUUUGUAAAAAAUUUAUUUUACGAGUUCUGGCAUUUUCAGUUUUUUGGAAUUUUCCGCCAAACGAUACUUAUUUUGGGAAAAUUUUUUUUUUCAAAAAAUAACUUCAUCUUUUACCUUUUAUAUGCCAUAUAACCGAAAUUUUUGGGAACCAUACAGGGUGAGCAAUAAUGAACUUUACCCAUGAAGGUCCGACUUGAAAAUCACUUUUUAUUUAAUAACUUUUCAGUGGUAGCACCUGGACCAUUUAUAUUCUCAGGGAUUAAAUACUUUAAUAACCCCAUUAUUUGUGUAAAAUUACAAUCUUCCAACUUUAAUAGGUUCUGAGCAAUUUGAAUUUUCGCGUUUAAUUCAUUUGUCACGUCCCUGUACAUGGUGAAAAGAUCAAACAACAUCUAACGGAUCCGAAAUUUUGUUUUACAAUACAUACUAAAAUUUCAGGGUUCCAGCGAUAGUACAAGUACCCGAAAAAUGCGAUUUUAUGAAAAAAGUCCAUUUUUUUGCGUUUUUGCAGGUAAUUGGAGGUGUCAACCUAAACUCUGAUGAAAUGGCUGGUGGGAACAAUACUUUGACGCAUGGUGGAUACAAAUUUUUUGCUCGUGACAGGUGGCCGGGACUUGGUUGGGUUUUUUGUAAAAUUAUGAAUGAAAAUGAACCGGAAACGAUCAGGGAAAGGAAGCACCGAAUCAGAAAAUGAAUGGGCUUUCCGAAUCUGUGCAUAUCAAUUGGGGAAAUUGUGUAUUGCGUCCAGGAAAAUUCGGCAAACAUUUUGACGUCUUCGAAAAAUGCCGUUUUUUUGAAAUGUCAGUGUCUUUAUACCGGGGUGAGACGAAAUGAAAUUUGCCCGAUUAUUUUAUUAAAAUUAUUCGAAUAUAUACACGGGUCAGUCGUAAUGAUCUAUUUAAUUUAAAAUAAAAAUUUCGAUAUUAGGUGAGUUUUUACUAUUUAGUUUAUUAUUAAUAAAUGUUAACAAUUCUUAAACAUUGCUUUUGGGUUAUAAAUAAAAAUUUUUUGAAAUUAUUGAUUUUUAAGGUUAGUCGAGUAUCAUAACUUUUUUGGUAUUGGUGCGAUUUGGUUGAAAUUUGGUACCUAGUACCUAUUUCGGAUAAGAUUAAUAAAUUUUUACAGAUAUUUGACAUGACUAUGUUUUAAGGUCACCUGACUACCUUAACUUUCUUCCUAUUUGUCCGAUUUGAUUAAAAUUUGGUAUUUGGGGUUUAUUUAGGAUGCAAUUAUGAAUUUUUUACAGAUAUUUGACAUUUGACUUCCAGGUCACGUGACUAUUGUAACUUUUUUGCUAUUGGUCUGAUUGGGUUCAAAUUUGGUAUUUGGGCUUUAUUUAGGAUGCAAUUAUUAAUUUUUGACAGAUAUUUGACAUUUGACUUCCGGGUCACGUGACUAUUGUAACUUUUUUGCUAUGAGUCCGAUUGGGUUCAAAUUUGGUAUUUAUGCUUUAUUUAGGACACAAUUAAUAAAUUUUAACAGAUAAUUGACAAAUUAUAUUUUAAAGUCACGUGACUUUCAUAAUUCUUUUGCUAUUGAUCCGAUUGGGUUGAAAUUUAGUAUUUGGGCUUUAUUUAGGAUGCCAGUAAUACAUUUUGACAGAAAUUUGACAUAUUAAAUUUUAAAGUCACGUGACUUCCAUAACUUUUUUGCUAUUGAUCCGAUUGGGUUCAAAUUUGGAAUUUGGGGUUUAUUUAAGAUGCAAUUGUUGAUUUUUUACAAAAUUUUAAAAUAUUGAGUUCUAGGGUCACGUGACUAUCAAAAUUUCCUAUUUGAUUGAAAUUGGCUAUUAGAUGAUAUGUAUAUAUUUGUAGAUAAUAUUUUGUAUUACCCUAUUCCUUUUAUCUUAUUUUGUUAAAUUAUUUCUUAA